ACCCUAAUGGGUGUGGCGCUGAUCUUCGGUCUGGUCAUUAUGGCACUGGCCAGCAGUUUCGGUCACGUGUCCGGCUGUCACAUCAAUCCGGCGGUCACUCUGGGCGUACUCAUCGACGGCCAGAUUGACAUAUUGAAGGCAGUGGUCUAUUGGAUCGCACAGUUCUUGGGCGCCGUCUUAGGGGCGUCUAUACUAUACUUCAUGAAAACCGAGAGCAACCGAGACCUGUGCCAGACCAAACUCACCGAGACAUUGAUCAACGGUCCCGUCGCUGCCGUAGUCCUCGAGGCGUUCAUCACUUUCCUAUUGGUGUUUGUGGUGUGCAAUGUCUGCGAGUCUAACCCCACGUUCGCUCCGCUGGCCAUCGGCCUCACCGUUACGGUCGGCCACUUGCUUGCCGUGUAUUGGAUCGGGCCGUUAGCCGGGGGUGCGUUGGCCGGAGCGGCCCAUCGCUUCUUCUUCUUCAACAAAGACAAGGAUCAGAGCAAACCGGCGAAGAAAGCUGACGCUCCGCCACCGCCGGCCGGCACUAACAAUGAGUUGGUUUAA